GUGAGGACCCACCCUCUGCGCAUCAUGGAAACAGGAAGCUACAGAGCCGGCUUCGGUACAGGCAGGAGGAUGUGGCUCCUGUGUGUCCUGCUCCUGUCUCUGCUGUCUCUUGUUUUCAGUGCGGCAGACUCGAAGGCCAUCACCACCACCCUUGCAACCAAAUGGGCUGAUACUCCGCUGCUGUUGGAAGCCAGUGAGUUUCUGGCGGAGGAGAGCCAGGACAAGUUCUGGGACUUUGUUGAGGCCAAUCAAAACAUCGAGGGAGAGCAUGAUGACACAGACCAAGCUUACUAUGAGCUGAUUGUGAAGAAAGCCAGUGCUCUGCUGAGCUCCGUCCAGCUGAACAUGCUGAAGUUCGCCCUCUCUCUGAGAGCGUACUCUGCCACAGUUCACUCCUUCCAGCAGAUUGCGUCCAUUGAGCAUCCUCCCUCUGGCUGCUCAACUUUCAUCAGCGUACAUGGAGAGAAAUCCUGUUCUCCAGAAAGCUUGGCAACGCUGUUGAAAACUGCAAUGGAAAGACCGAAGCCAUACCUUUUCAAAGGUGACCAUAGAUACCCGGGAUCAAAUCCAGACACGCCUGUGAUCAUCCUCUAUGCUGAGCUCGGGACGCCAGAUUUCCAGAAGUUCCACCAAAUCCUAACAUCCAAAGUCAACGAAGGGUCGGCAGCUUACGUGCUUCGUCACUAUGUGGCUAAACCUAAUGAAAACAAAGUGUAUCUGUCGGGGUACGGAGUAGAGCUGGCUAUUAAAAACCAGGAGUACAAGGCAAAGGAUGACACACAAGUUCAAGGGGCGGAGGUGAACGCUACAGUCAUCGGCGAGAACGAUCCGGUGGAUGAGGUCCAGGGAUUCCUUUUUGGCAAACUGAAGACUCUCUAUCCAGAGCUUAAGGAACAACUGAAGGAGUUGAGGAAGCACUUAGUAGAAAGCACCAAUGAAAUGGCACCGCUAAAGGUCUGGCAAAUGCAAGAUCUGAGUUUCCAGACAGCAGCUCGCAUUCUUGCAGCUCCUGCUGUUGAUGCCCUCAACGUUAUGAAAGACCUCAGUCAGAACUUUCCCACCAAAGCCAGGUCCAUCACAAAAACUGUGGUCAAGUCUGAAAUCCGCAAAGAGAUUGAGGAGAACCAAAAGUUUUUCAAAGGAACACUGGGAUUGCAGCCUGGAGACUCAGCCCUGUUCAUCAACGGGCUGCAUAUAGAUCUGGACACACAAGACAUCUUCAGUGUGCUGGACGUGCUCCGCAGUGAAGCGAGGGUUAUGGAGGGUCUGCGCUCCCUUCUCAUCGAGACGCCCUACAUCCACGACAUCCUGAAACUCAACGUUCAGCCGUCCGACUCUGAUUACGCCGUCGAUAUUCGUAACCCUGCCAUCUGCUGGAUUAACAACCUGGAGACGGACCACAGGUACAGCUCAUGGCCCUAUAAUGUCCAGGAGCUGCUCAGACCAACCUUCCCCGGAGUCAUCAGGCAAAUCCGCAAGAACUUCCACAAUCUGGUGAUCAUUGUGGAUCCGACCCAGGAGAACGCUGCUGAACUGCUGAGCGUGGCAGAGAUGUUUUAUGCCAACAACAUCCCACUCAGAAUCGGACUCGUAUUCGUGGUGUCUGACGAAGACGACGUAGACGGCAUGCAGGACGCAGGCGUAGCCCUGGUCCGAGCCUACAACUACAUCACCGACGAGGUGAACAGUCACAGCGCAUUCGAAGCCGUCGUCUCGAUGUUUAACCGCGUGACGAUUGGAGGAAAGCUAAGUGUUGGAGACGUCGUUAAAGUGCUGGAGAAGAGAUUUCCCUACGUGGAGGUCAGCAGCGUCCUGGGAGCCGAUUCGAGCUACGACAACAACAGGAAGAAAGGGAAGGCGUACUACGAGCAAACAGGAGUGGGCCCGUUGCCCGUGGUGAUGUACAACGGUAUCCCUUACCAGCGUGAGCAACUGGACCCUGAUGAACUGGAAACCACCACAAUGCAAAAAAUCCUGGAAACCACAUCUUUUUACCAGAGAGCAGUCUACUUGGGUGAGCUGGCCACAGAUCACGACGUCGUCGACUUCAUCAUGAACCAGCCGAACGUUGUUCCUCGCAUUAACGCCAGAGUGUUGUCAACCAGCAGAACCUACCUGGACCUGUCCAAUACGAACAACUACUUUAUUGACGAUUAUGCUCGUUUCUCCACUUUGGACUCAAAGGAGAAGAGCACGGCUGUAGCCAACAGCAUGAACUACAUGACUAAGAAAGGGAUGGCCUCCACCAACAGCCAUGAUGAUGGAUACAUCCGCCCUGUGACUUUCUGGGUAGUCGGAGACUUUGAUAAGCCCUCAGGACGCCAGCUGCUUUACGACGCCAUCAGACACAUGAAAACCAGCAACAACGUCCGACUGGGGAUGAUCAACAACCCGUCGUCGGAUCCGUCUGCGGAGACGACCCGCGUUGCCAGAGCGAUCUGGUCUGCCAUGCAGACGCAGUCGGCCAAUAAUGCCAAGAACUUCAUCACCAAGAUGUCCAAAGAGGAAACAGCAGAGGCCCUGGAGAAAGGCGUGGACGUCGGAGAGUUUGCUGUCGGGGGAAUGGAUUUGUCGUUGUUCAAAAGCGCUUAUGAGGGUCCCAAAUUUGACUUCCUGCUUUCCCACGCUGCCUACUGCCGAGACGUGCUCAAACUGAAGAAAGGACAGAGGGCGGUCAUCAGCAACGGACGGAUCAUCGGGCCGCUGGAGGAGAACGAGGUGUUCAAUCAGGACGACUUCUUGCUUCUGGAGAACAUCAUCCUGAAAACAUCAGGGGAGCGCGUCAAAAGCAAAGUCCAGCAGUUUGAGAUGGAGGAGGACAGGGCCAGCGACCUUGUGAUGAAAGUGGAUGCUCUGCUGUCUUCUCAGCCCAAAGGGGAAUCCAGGAUAGAGUACGGCUUUUCAGACGAUCGCUACAGCGCCGUAAAGAUCCGUCCGCAGGAGGGAGACGUGUACUUUGAUGUCGUUGCCGUGGCGGAUCCAGUAACGAGAGACGCACAGAAACUGGCUCCUCUUUUAUCAGUUUUGAAGCAGCUCGUAAACGUCAACCUGAGGGUUUUCAUGAACUGCCAGUCGAAGCUGUCAGAUAUGCCUCUAAAAAGUUUUUACCGCUACGUGUUGGAGCCGGAGGUGGCCUUCCAGCCCGAUGCGUCGUUCUCCCGGGGACCCAUGGCCAAGUUCCUGGACAUGCCUCAGUCUCCGCUCUUCACCCUGAACCUCAACACCCCCGAGAGCUGGAUGGUGGAGUCUGUGCGCACCCGCUACGACCUCGACAACAUCUACCUGGAGGAGGUGGAGAACAUCGUGGCGGCCGAGUACGAGCUGGAGCACCUGCUGCUGGAGGGCCACUGUUUCGACGUCAGCUCGGGUCAGCCGCCGCGAGGCCUUCAGUUCACUCUGGGGACCGCCGCCGAGCCCGUCAUCGUGGAUACCAUCGUCAUGGCAAACUUGGGCUACUUCCAGCUCAAAGCCAACCCCGGCGCCUGGAUGCUGAAGCUGAGGAAAGGACGCUCAGAUGAAAUCUACAAGGUUUACAGCCACGACGGCACAGAUUCCCCGUCGGACUCGGAUGACAUUAUCGUGGUGCUGAACAAUUUCAAGAGUCGAAUCAUUAAAGUGAAGGUUCAGAAGAAGCCGGACAAAUUUAACGAGGAGCUGCUGAGUGAUGGAACGGAGGAAAACGACUCCGGCUUCUGGAAAUCUCUGGCCAGAGGCUUCACAGGCGGAGGGAAAGCUGAAGAGCCGAAGCAGGAGAAAGACGACGUGAUCAACAUUUUUUCUGUGGCUUCAGGGCAUCUGUACGAGAGGUUCCUCAGGAUCAUGAUGCUGUCAGUCCUAAAGAACACCAAAACCCCCGUCAAGUUCUGGUUCCUGAAGAACUAUCUGUCCCCGACUUUCAAGGAGUUCAUCCCCCACAUGGCGAAGCAGUAUGGUUUCCAGUAUGAGCUGGUCCAGUACAAGUGGCCGCGCUGGUUGCACCAGCAGACGGAGAAGCAGAGGAUCAUCUGGGGCUAUAAGAUCCUCUUCCUGGAUGUUCUGUUUCCUCUCGCUGUGGAUAAGAUCCUGUUUGUGGACGCAGACCAGAUCGUGCGAACAGACCUGAAGGAGCUGCGGGACUUUGACCUGGAGGGCGCUCCGUACGGCUACACGCCGUUCUGCGAAAGCCGCAGGGAGAUGGACGGCUACCGCUUCUGGAAGUCCGGCUACUGGGCGAGCCACCUGGCCGGGCGCAAGUACCACAUCAGCGCCCUCUACGUCGUCGACUUGAAGAAGUUCAGGAAGAUCGCUGCGGGAGACCGCCUGAGAGGACAGUACCAGGGACUCAGCCAAGACCCCAACAGCCUGUCCAACCUGGACCAGGAUCUUCCCAACAACAUGAUCCACCAGGUUCCCAUCAAGUCUCUGCCUCAGGAGUGGCUGUGGUGUGAGACCUGGUGUGACGACAGCUCCAAAAGGACAGCGAAGACCAUAGAUCUGUGCAACAAUCCAAUGACGAAGGAGCCCAAGCUGCAGGCGGCGGUGAGGAUCGUAGCCGAGUGGUCGGACUACGACCAGGAGAUCAAACGUCUCCAGACGUCCAGAGCGCGGGACGGGCCGAGCCGCUCGACGGGUCAGCAGCGGGUCACAGAUCCUCACAUAGAGCUGUGAAGAUCCGCAGAGAUCUGGACUGUAAAAAUGGGCCCGGCGGAGAGCUUCCUGCUGACGGAACCGACCACAAACAAACUGGUUCAUACAGAUUUCUUGGGGGCGGGGGGUUAUGUAUAUGUGGGGUAAACACACACACACACAUGGCAGGAAUGUACUUUGUUUUCUGUAUUGGAUGUUUGCACUGAUUUCAGGUCUCACUGGUGGAACAGGAACAAAACUUGAUAUUCGUCCUCUGAGUCGGGGAUGACAGACGGUUUUUAGUAACAAGGUACAGGGGAGGCUUGGGGAUAAUGGUUGGUGUCAUGAAGGGAAAUUAUGUAUAAAAAUAGUCAAAAAUGUCAUUCCUCAUGUUGAGACUGGAUUAAAUGAGUUCCUGCCUUUUC